AUGAAAUAUCUCGCUAUCUUCUUAACCGAUUCCAAUAUCUAUCUAUCUAUCUAUGUCUUUGCGUAUCUAUCUAUCUAUCUAUCUAUCUAUCUAUCUAUCUAUCUAUCUAUCUAUCUAUCUAGGUCUUUGCGUAUCUAUCUAUCUAUCUAUCUAUCUAGGUCUUUGCGUAUCUAUCUAUCUAUCUAUCUAUGUCUUUGCGUAUCUAUCUAUCUAUCUAUCUAUCUAGGUCUUUGCGUAUCUAUCUAUCUAUCUAUCUAUCUAUCUAUCUAUCUAGUUCUUUGCGUAUCUAUCUAUCUAUCUAGGUCUUUGCGUAUCUAUCUAUCUAUCUAUCUAGGUUUUUGCGUAUCUAUCUAUCUAGGUCUUUGCGUAUCUAUCUAUCUAUCUAUCUAUCUAUCUAGGUUUUUUCGUAUCUAUCUAUCUUUAAAUAUUUUUAUCUAUCUAUCUAUCUAUCUGGUGUUUUCGUAUCUAUCUCGGUGUUUUCGUAUCUAUCUAUCUGUCUAUCUCGGUGUUUUCGUAUCUAUCUAUCUAUCUAUCUAUCUAUCUAUCUAUCUAUCUAUUAAUCACCCCUCUUAUUCUCUUUCUCUCUCUAUCGAGAUUUAUAGACAAAUAUUUGCAGAGAUUAACUUAUUCAAAUGGUUGAAUAGAGGAAAAAUCAUGGAAAGAUUGUUAACCCAACUCUCUCAUCUUCCCUUCCUCCCUCUCUCUUUCUCUCUCUCUCUCUCUAUCUAUCUUCUGGUUAAUUUGCAUUUAGCUUGUCCAGUUCUUUCUUUCUUUCUUUCUUUCUUUCUUUCUUUCUUUCUUUCUUUCACACUUACAGAUAUAUUUUUUUAUACCCAUCAUACACACAUAUGCACAUUCACACUGAUCUCUUCAUUAUCUAUCUAUGUAUGUCAGUCUCUUCACUAUCUAUCUAUCUAUCUAUGUAUGUCAGUCUCUUCAUUAUCUAUCUAUCUAUGUCAGUCUCUUCAUUAUCUAUCUAUGUAUGUCAGUCUCUUCACUAUCUAUCUAUCUAUCUAUGUCAGUCUCUUUAUUAUCUAUCUAUCUAUGUCAGUCUCUUUAUUAUCUAUCUAUCUAUCUAUGUCAGUCUCUUUAUUAUCUAUCUAUCUAUCUAUCUAUGUCAGUCUCUUUAUUAUCUAUCUAUCUAUCUAUGUCAGUCUCUUUAUUAUCUAUCUAUCUAUCUAUCUAUCUAUGUCAGUCUCUUUAUUAUCUAUCUAUCUAUCUAUCUAUGUCAGUCUCUUUAUUAUCUAUCUAUCUAUCAGUCUUCUUUAUCUAUUAUCUAUCUCUCUCUAUCUAUCUAUCUAUGUCAGUCUCUUUAUUAUCUAUCUAUCUAUCUAUCUCUAUCUAUCUAUGUCAGUCUCUUUAUUAUCUAUCUAUCUAUCUAUCUAUGUCAGUCUCUUUAUUAUCUAUCUAUCUAUCUAUCUAUCACUUUCUUCUUGUCUUUCAUUCUUUCUUUCUUUCUUUCUUUCAUAUGUCUUAAGAAUUAAACCUCAUUGUUCGUAUAUUCUAUCUAUCCUCCAUCUAUCUAUCUAUCUAUCUAUCCAAUCUAAAUCUAUCUAUCUAUCUAUCAAUCUUUUCAUUAUCUAUUGGUCUAUCUAUCUAUCUAUCCCAUUGUGGAUAUCUAUCUAUCUAUCUUUGGUUAAUUAUUUAAAAUGUUUUCUUUUUUUCUUUUGGUUUAUUUGCUUAGUUAUCAAAACUCCUUUUCUAUCUAUCGAUCUUCUAUUUAUUUCUUAA